AUGCCCGGACAGAGAGCAGGGCACCCAGGACCCACUGGAGCUCGACCAGUCCUGCUGGAAGCCCAGGAGCUGGACCCUCCUUACAGCCAGGUGCUCAGGGCCAACACUUUCUCCCAGUUCCGCCAGCUGUUGAGUCUGGAUCUCCAGCAGAACGAGAUCAACAUGAUAGAGGAGCAGGCUUUCUCUGGCCUGGAGCAGCUCACCACCCUCCUGCUCCAACACAACCACCUCCGCUCCACCUCAGAGGAGAUGCUCCUGCCCAUGCCCCGCCUGCGUCACCUCCGUCUCUACGACAACCCCUGGGAAUGCCACUGCCACCUGGACAGCCUGGUCAGAACCCUGCAAGUGCCCAGCAACCGUAACCUGGGGAACUUCGCCAGGUGUUCCGUGCCGGCGAGUCUGCAGGGGAAGAAGCUGCGUCAGGUGAAGGCGGAGCUGCUGUGUCCGGAUCACUACCAGUCCGAAGCCCUGGAGGGGCAGGACAGCCUCCCCAAGCCCCUGCCCCCCAGCAAGAAGGACCAUGAGCUCACCACCCUCUGCCACACCUACAUGUACCCCAAGCCCCUGCUCGACUGCAGGAGCAAAGACCUCAAGACCAUCCCAGCAGACCUUCCCUCUGACAUUGUGAUGAUGGACUUCUCCAGUAACACCAUCAACCACUUGAAGCCUAAAGAGUUCCUGGCCUCCAAAGACCUCAAACUCCUCAACCUCAGUAGCAACAACCUGGACCGCAUAGACACAGCUGCGUUCUCUGGCUUGCUGUACCUGCGAGAGCUGGACCUCUCCAACAACAGCCUCAGAUACUUCCCCUACGGAGUUCUGGAGGAUCUGUACUUCCUGAGGAAGCUGUUUCUGGGGGACAACCCCUGGAUGUGUGACUACAACAUCCACUACCUGAUCUACUGGCUCAAACACCACCCUGGGGUGGCGUACUUCGGCCUGACCUGCUCCCAGCCUCAGGAGUUCCGGGGCUGGCAAGUGGAGGACUACGUCAAGACCUACAAUGGAGAGUGUCCCAAGGACUGGCAGUUGGGCCUGGGAGAUUCAGAGCAGGAAACGUCUCAGGAGCUGAAAGUGGAGAUAGAUGAGGGCACAGGCCGGCUGCCUAGCCCCAUUAGAGACAACAGACCAAAUACAAUGGCAUUUGAGAUCAUGAGGUUGAGCUAAACUGAUGUUUUUUUGUUUUGUUUUUACCUGUGUGUGAGAGGGAUAGAGAAUGAGAGAGUGUAAGUCAUUCAGUCUGUAUCAGAUCAAAUACUGGCAGGAUAGGUGCUGUUUCUGUUAGUGUGUUUCCUCUUAAAUAUUAUUCUUUCUUCGGUCGAAAAAGUAGGGUUUUACAUUUUUUUUGUAAGUGAAUUAAUUGUCAAACAGUGAAAUAAAAAGUGUUUUUUCUUGGA